CUCACUUUUUCGGCUUCUUUUCUAUUGUCGAUAUUACACGCAAUUCAACGCUUAAUUCGAUCGCAUUAAAAGAAAUCAGUUAUUGAAACGCGUAAAAAUAGUGCGGUUUAAUUAUAGUUUGUGUCAGAUUGGGAUUAUAACUAAAUAAAUACGAGUGUUCCGGUAAAAUUAAUAUUACAUCCCGCCAAAGAAAAACAUCAAAUCAACAUGCUGUAAAAAUGCUCAAUCUGCUGAUUCGCGAGUGUUAGUGUAAAAUAAGUAAGAACUAUGAAAUAAUCUAAAGCAGCAAAUUUUUAUUUAAUAAUUCACAAGAACGUGCUGCCGUUUCCAUUGGCUUCUCCUCGCCAGCCGCCAAAUCGACUCGACAAUUUAUCAAAAUAUUUACAUAGACGAGAGAGACCCAAGGCAGACAUUUUAAUGCAAGUUGGUGACAAGCGCCUCAAUGGGAGACACUUGAUUAAACAAAACGUUUACUUUCGGCUGAUGUUUUCUUAAGUAAUCCAAUCAUGAACAUGUUUAUAUAAUUAUUGAAAUGGUGCAAAACAGAAUGUCGACAUCAGUGAUUGUUUUGUACGCGCUUAUGUGUAUCGCAUUUUCCACAGCUUCGUUAAAUGAUAUUCCCGAAAUCACCCCCGCAAUAGAUAACAAUUUAUCUUUUCAAUACGACGAUACCUGCUGGACUCCUCCGAGGAUUAAAAAUGCUAAGGCAUCCGUCAAACUUCGCCGAAAUGGGGAACAUGUCUUUCUUGUGACCUAUUAUUCCUGCCGCGUCAACUACAAACUCAAACGUGCCAAAGAUAAUGCACUCUAUUGCUCAAAUGGUAUAUGGCUUGGUUUGAAACCCAAUUGCAUAAAGAUUGGUAAAGGAAACACGCAUUCAAUGAAGCAAAAAAAAAUGAGAUGCAGGAUUGAUAAUGGUGGUUGCGCUCAUAUAUGUAACAGAUCAACUCAUAAAUGCGAAUGCUAUGAGGGUUAUACACUGAAUUCCACCGAUUUAAGAAGCUGUAAUGAUAUCGACGAGUGCAAGGAAUCGAAUGGCGGCUGCUCUCAAGUUUGCAACAACCUUCCUGGUGAAUUCAUAUGCACCUGUAAUAGUGGUUUUGAAAUAGACGAAAGUGAUGAAAAAACUUGCUUGGACAUUGAUGAGUGCGCUGAUCCCGAACUAUCGUGGGACUGUACGGCUGGAUGUAAAAACCUAAAUGGAACAUACAAAUGCCUUCCGUCACUGGUGGGCAGAGUUGAGCCCACCGACGGCGAUGGUUUCUCCCCGGGUGAAAUAGUGUGCAAGUCCGGAUUCAAGCUGUCCGACGAUGGCAGUGAGUGUCAGGACAUUAACGAAUGCGAUUUGGCGGAUAUUGAUUCAGAUUCUUGGCGAAUGACUUACCGUUACUGUGAGCACAAAUGCGAGAAUACGGUAGGUUCCUAUAUCUGCCAUUGCCCCCAAGGAUAUCAUCUACUCGAUGAUCAAAAUAGUUGUAUUUUGGAUGGCUCCAAAUUACCGCCAUCGAAAGACGCGCCUGUCAGUCAGGAAGCACCAAGAAAGGAUAUAUGCCCUUUGUUUAAGGGACCAGCCAACGGAAAGGCUUCUUGCGAUAAGUAUCUCCAAAAUGGCUUCAACUACACUCGUUGCAAUAUUACCUGCAACGCGGGUUAUAUCAUGCAGGGCUCACAAUUUGCGGUUUGUGGACACACCGGACUUUGGUCUAGUCCAGAAGCCAAGUGCGUGGAAUCCCUCGCAUUGAGUUGUCCAGUUUUGACACCCCCUCGCAAUGGACGUUUCUAUCCUGCAAGCUGCAAUAAUGAACCAUCCAAAUCACUCGCGAUUUGUGAACUGUUAUGUGAUCGAGGCUAUUUGCCCAGAAUGGACACACAGCUCAUUUGUGCGGCACCAUGGGGCUGGAUCCAAAGAAGAUGGCAGGACAAUGUGCCACAAUAUGUGUUUCAGCAAUCAGUGAAACAGGACGAGGGCUGCGUGAAGAUCGCUCCGCCUUAACCGGAUUCCACAAAGCCGUUAAUUUAUUUUAACAUAUAAAACGACAAAAAAAAUAAAAAUAAAUUUAACCUAC